GAUCAGGACCAAUCAAACCCACCAUAUUUUUCUCUCUUGAAUGCUGAGUGUGACCUCAUUUGGACAAACUUUCUAGAAAAACCCAUCAAAGUAAUGGAGAAGAGCAGCUGGCUUUUAGCAUUUCUCCUUCUUUCCCAAAUAUUUUCAAAAGGAGCAGCUUUUGGUAUUGGUGCUGGCAUUGGGGUUGGCAUAGGCAAUGCAGGUGGUGGUGGUGGUGGUGGAGGAGGAGGAGGAGGAGGAGGAGGAGGAGGAGGAGGUGUUUGGAUUGGUGGUGGAAUCAACACACCAACAACCCCAUCUGGGUCUUCAGUUUCUAACCUAAACAGUGCUUAUUCUGCUUUGCAAGCAUGGAAAUCAGCGAUAACAGAUGACCCAUUGAAGAUUUUGGACACUUGGGUUGGUUCUAAUGUUUGUUCUUACAGAGGUGUUUUUUGUGCAGUUCCUAGAGAUGAUGAAUUGGCUACACCUUCUAGUCCAGUUGUUGCAGGUAUAGAUCUCAACCAUGCUAAUCUUCAAGGCAGUCUUGUCAAAGAACUUUCUUUUCUUACAGAUAUGUCUCUCCUUCACCUUAAUAGCAACAGAUUUUCAGGCUCGAUUCCUUCUUCUUUCAAAGACCUCACUUCUCUUCAGGAAUUGGACCUCAGUAAUAACCAAUUUUCAGGUCGUUUCCCUACUGUUACUUUAUACAUUCCAAAUCUCAUUUAUUUAGACCUCAGAUUUAAUAGUUUUUCAGGGCCUAUUCCUGAUGAUCUUUUUAACUUGAGAUUAGAUGCAAUUUUUCUUAAUAACAACCAAUUUAAUGGUCAAAUUCCUCAAAACUUGGGUAAUUCUCCUGCUUCUGUUAUAAAUUUGGCUAAUAAUAAGUUCAGUGGAAGUCUACCGGCUAGUUUUGGCCUAAUGAGUUCAAAACUGAAGGAGAUUUUGUUUCUCAAUAAUCAGUUAACAGGUUGCAUUCCUCAAGGAGUUGGGUUAUUUCAAGAAAUGCAAGUUUUUGAUGUAAGCUAUAAUUCACUAAUGGGUCGUUUGCCAGACACAAUUUCAUGUCUUGAUCAGAUUGAAGUGCUUAAUUUGGCACAUAAUAAGCUUUCUGGCGAACUACCUGAUCUUGUUUGUUCUUUGAGAAGUCUAUUGAAUUUGACUGUUGCUUACAAUUUCUUUUCUGGGUUUAGUCAAGAAUGUGCCAAAUUGUUUAUCAGGAAUGUGGGUUUUGACUUCUCUUUAAAUUGCAUUCCUGGAAGAGAUAUGCAAAGACCUCAACCAGAGUGUUCUGUUAUACCAGGAGGAGGAUUAAGUUGCCUUAGAAUACCUGCUGUACAACCUCUUGUUUGCGGGUCUCUUGGAGUGACUAUAAAUGUCAAUCUUGGCCCAUCAUCUCCAUGAAAGACAGCGUGUAUUUGUUACUAAUAUUGUAUAACAGGUUGGUGAUGGUUGCAUCAUUAAUUAAUAGCACUUAUGGUUUAGAACUCCCUAAUUAUUUCUUUAUCUACUGGGCACAUCUGACUCUAUAAAUCUGUUUUCCAAUGAAUAAGAAAUACCCAGGAAUUUAGUUGAUUGUGA